CGGGCGGGUGAUAAGAGGGCGAGCAAAAAAGUUUGCAAGCUCCGCUGUAUCGGGCGAUCGCAUGGCUAUCUUUCCGGCGGGAGACCCACACUGUCUUCUUUCACACCAAUCAGUGGGCACCCGCUUGGCUCUUCAUUCUCUCAGACAGCAACUCUUCUGUUGGGACGCUGCCAACGACCGAGCCGUGCCGCUCUGCCCGUCGAGUUAUCUCGUUUGCAUACAUCUACGCAGCGCGAGGCCUGGUUCCCGGGGACGAGACGAGGAGGCCUUAUUCCGGCAAAGCACUUCCAGACAGGUAAAUAACGUGUCAGUGCGUGGUUUCAUCCAGGCGAACAGCAUGACGUCACCGUGGCGAGUGGCCGUGGUGGGCGGCGGCAUCGUGGGCCUCAGUACUGCCGUGCGGAUAGCCGAGGAAGUGGCACUUGGAAAUGUCCAUGUGACCGUGCUCGCCGAGCACUUCAGCCCGCACACCACGGGUGACGUGGCGGCGGGAUUCUUCAACCCAUACAUCGUCCACGGGGUCUCCGAGGAGAAGCUCAGAUCGUGGUGCGUAGAAGCGUUCACCUUCUACCAACGCCUGGCGGAGAGCGCCGACUCCAAUGAACUGGGUCUGGCCGUCGUUCCGGCUUACAUCCUGAGGGAAGAGCACACCCCGCGGCCUUCGUACGCCGACGCAUUCUUCCACUACAGAGACCUGACGGAAAGAGAACUCGCAUCGUUCACCCCUAAAUAUAGGUACGGCAGCUACGUGACUUCGCUGACUAUUGAAUGCAAGAAGUUUCUGCCGUACCUCAUGGAGCGACUUGAAAGCCGCGGAGGACGCCUAAUGCAGCGCAGAGUGAACAGCCUGGAAGAGCUAGCAGGCGAAUACGACGUCAUCGUCAACUGCACAGGCUUUGGAGCAGGUGCACUCGUUUCCGAUCCCAAGGUGCAUGCCGUUCGAGGCCAGACGAUCAGGGUGCACGCCCCUUGGAUCAAGCACGCCAUCGUCGCAGGCGAAGACUUCCACGUGAUACCAAAUAUCGACGACGUCAUGUUGGGGGGGACCAAAGACGUCGGCGACACUUCUCUUAUUCCGGACAGGGACAUCGCCAGGAAAAUCUGGAACGGUUGCCUGCAAUUCGUACCAAGCCUCAAAAAUGCCAAGGUCAUAGGGCACUACGUGGGGCUUCGUCCCGGGAGGAAUCCCGUGAGGAUCGGGCGUGAAGAUUACGUCUUCAAUGGCGGUGCUGGAAAGGUUCCGGUCAUUCACAACUACGGCCAUGGAGGUUCGGGCAUCACCAUAGCCUGGGGAUGUGCAGGCGACGUCGUUCGGCUGCUGCGGGACUCGAUCCGAGAGCGCUCACCUGGCAGGUGUGAGACAAGAGCGAAAUUGUGAAAUGCCGUUCGAGACGGCGGCCGCCGACAAGCGACGCCUUGCUAUUCGCCGAAGCCAUCACGUCACGCAUGAAGGCUGAAGAAUCGAUACAGGAAAGUAUGAAGAGGGGCCAGAUUGCAUAAUUGCUCUUCUGUACCAAUAAACGAGUCGUUUUCACAAA